AAUAUUCUUCCCCCAUCUGACCAAGGAAGCAACAGCUGAGCAACAUGAGAUCAAGGAGCCUAUUAGUUUAAACAGGGCCUCAGAGUGGCAUUUGAGAGGGAGGACACCUCCUCUGGUGGUAGGCACUUGUCUUCCCAGAUGACUUCUGCGCACCGAGAGUGAAGUCUCUUACUAGAGAGUUCUGCAGUCAGUUUGAAUUCUGCAGAUUCCCGUUAUCUUCUGGAAAGAACCCUCUGCUGGUGGAGUGGCUCAGACUCCAGGAUGUCCUACAUGUGUGAAGAGACCGCGGUACUGAAAGGUCACGAUUGUGUCCUGAUUUACAAAUCCGAGACGGAGGGAGAUGAGAACCGCACUCCUGCCAGUAGCCUGAUCAGACUCACUACCAGCAUGCUGAAGGUGAAGAGGCUGGAGGGAAUCAGCUCGUGCCACAGCAGCAACCCCCUGGAGGAGGUGGCCUUCUUUCAGUGCAUGGAAGAGGUGGAGAAGGUGAAGUGCUUUCUGGAAGAAAAUUCUAGUGAUCUGGACCUGCAGUCGGGAGACAAUGAGGCUGAGGAAAAUGUGUGGUCCAACUCGGCACUGAAUGAAAGGACAAUUGCCAAAGGUGGAAGGACACCAGCGAUCACAGAGAGAUCUGACCAGGAAGACCAGUACUCUGCUGAGAAAGAAAAAGUUACUAAACUCAACAAGAAAAAUGCUGAGAAGACCAGCGCCUCUGAAGUUCAGAGGAGUCAUGCCAUAUGCCAUAUGGAAAGACAAGACAAGGCAAAUUUUAUUCCAAGGAAUUCCACAGAGCUAAGAGAGAAUGCAGGUGGAAAAGAUGGUCAAUGCAUCAGAAGUCUGGAGACACAAGAAAGCAACAUCCAGGGAGAUAAACAAGGCGCCGAGGAUAAAAAUGGAUGCCCAUUUUUCAAAGGAUGGGGAAACAGGCUUCCUUCUAAAGAAGGUACCAGAGGAAGAGAAGCCGAGAACAGAAUUUCAACAGCUGCAAGUGACACACUGCUGGACAAACGUUCAACUGAAAACCAGCUCGUUGAUGAACUGAAUGCUGGCCCGUCCCAUGAGAGGUGCAUCAGUAAUAUAAAGGCCAUUUCUACACCAGGAACCCAUGGAAAUUCAUCAUCAGGAUCCACCUUCCAAAACGCUGAACAGGCAGAGUCUACUGGCAGCAGUAAACGCAGAGUGGCAGAGGAGUGCUUCCUAAGUGAGGACAACAAAAAGAGCAGAAUAGAUGUAGUGAGUACAGGGGAAGAGCUCAUCACUAGGACAGAGGAAACCAGACAAGCCAGGAGCCUCGAUGAUAGAGCCCAGGAUGGAAUGACCACCUCGAAAGAGCAAGACCUGGUGGUCCCACUGGAUGAUGUCCCUGCUCCUGCGGCCCCAUUUGAUCAUCGGAUUGUAAUGGCCAAACACGCUGCAGUCGACAGUCUGUACACCGUGAGCAAAUCUGAGAUCUUAGGAGGGGGGCGUUUUGGCCAGGUUCACAAGUGUGAAGAGAAAGCAACAGGCCUGAAGCUGGCUGCUAAAAUCAUUAAGACUAGAGGUGUAAAGGACAAGGAGGAUGUGAAGAACGAGAUUAGCGUCAUGAACCAGCUGGACCACGUCAACCUCAUUCAGCUCUAUGAUGCCUUUGAGUCCAGGCAUGACAUCAUCCUUGUCAUGGAGUAUGUGGAGGGUGGAGAGCUGUUUGAUCGCAUCAUUGAUGAAAACUGCAACUUGACAGAACUAGACACCAUCCUGUUCAUGAAACAGAUCUGUGAGGGGAUACAGUACAUGCACCAGAUGUACAUCCUCCAUUUGGAUCUCAAGCCUGAGAACAUCCUGUGUGUGAAUCGGGAUGCUAAGCAAAUAAAAAUUAUUGAUUUUGGAUUGGCCAGAAGAUACAAGCCCAGAGAGAAGCUGAAGGUGAACUUUGGAACCCCAGAAUUUCUUGCCCCCGAAGUUGUGAACUACGAUUUUGUUUCUUUUUCUACAGAUAUGUGGAGUGUGGGCGUCAUCACAUACAUGCUACUCAGUGGCUUGUCCCCCUUUUUGGGCGAUAACGAUGCAGAGACGUUGACCAAUAUCCUGGCGUGCAGGUGGGAUUUGGAAGAUGAAGAAUUUCAGGACAUCUCAGAGGAGGCCAAGGAGUUCAUCUCUAAGCUCCUGAUUAAGGAGAAGAGUUGGAGAAUAAGUGCCAGUGAAGCCCUCAAGCACCCCUGGCUGUCCGACCGCCAGCUCCACGCCAGGCUGAGUGCACAGAAGAACUGCAACUCUGGUGCUCAGAAACUCACGACCAAAUAACUCACUGAAGGAGCCUGUUCAAAAGG